GUAGGGCAGGAUACUACGUCGAGUGAGGGAAGGCCUAGGGCAUAUGGGGCAUGGCGCCCCCAAAAAUCCCUGCCGUGGCUCGUGCAAACCCCGAUUCCGACGCUGUUCCAAAUCUAAAAUCUAAAGGCCCAUCGUCUCUCUGAAAUCCCUUUAAAUCACAGAACCCCAUGCUCUCAUUCCGAAAGCUAGAAAGAAACCGGCACCCCCCGACCAGAGCAAGAGACCCACCCCACAAUUCACAGGUGCCCAACCAAAAAGGAAAACGAAGUCUCUUUCUUUCUAUCUUCACCAGCUUAGCCGACCCUUGCGCCCAAAGCUAAAACAAAAGAAAAUGGAAGAUUUAGGGGGGGAAACACUCACUGCUGCUCGCUGCAAACGCCUUCGAACCCCUGGUCCCUGAGCGCCUUAACCCCUACUAUCCUCUCUCAAAAUCUCCACACUCUUUUUGUCUCUCUAGAAUGCGCAUCUGAACCAGAUUUCCAUUGCUGCUCUGUCUUCUGAGGGUUUCGCCCACACGGGGCUGUUUUGAUAGGGGUUUUUGGAGAGGUUGAUCUGCGCUAUCCAUGGAUUCUAAAGAGUCUCUGCAAUCUUUAAAUAGGGAUGGUUCUUCUGAUGAGGAUGGGAACCUCUCUGUAACAGCGGGCAUGGCUAAGGAGGCUUCUAUUCUUUUUCAGUCGAGGCGAUAUCAGGAAUGUCUCGAUGCUUUGAACCAGCUUUUACAGAAGAAAGAUGGUGAUCUAAAGGUUGUCCUCAAUAUUGCCAUCACAGAAUACUUCCACAAUGGUUGUUCUGAUUUGAAGAAGUUGCUUGAAGUACUAAAACGAGCUAAGAGGAGAAGCGAUGACCUUGCCCCAUCAUCUGGGGAGCAAGUUGAGGCCAAUAACUUAGGAGGCAGUGCUGUUUCAGGAUCUAAAGGAAGUAAUUCUUGUGCAAAUCAGUUCACAGCAACUGCCACCACCGAUGCCCAUAUUGACGACUAUGAUACUUCCAUAGCAACCUUUAAUAUUGCAGUUAUUUUCUACCAUCUUAAAGAUUAUCCGACUGCCCUAUCAGUUCUGGAGCCAUUGUAUCAAAACAUAGAGCCCAUUGAUGAGCCUACUGCUCUGCAUAUAUGCCUUCUCUUGUUGGAUGUUGCCUUAGCUUCCCAAGAUGCAUCAAAAGCUGCGGAUGUAAUUUAUUAUCUGGAAAAAGCUUUUGGCUUUGGUUACAUGAUCAAUCAAGGAGAUGGUGGUAGUUCAUCACAGCAGCAGCUUUCAAAUCAAGUUCCAAAAGCUUCAUCUACUCCAACGACUAAUUUGGUAGCUGUUGACUCUAAUUCUGAUUCAAAUGUUACUGGGAAUGCAUCAGAGGGCACAUUGGCUAGAACACUAUCAGAUGAGACGCUGGAUUAUGAAAACCUUCUGUCUACACUGGACAUUAGUGGCCAAAACUUGUCAAGAACCAGUAGUGGUCUCCCAUUCUCAACUGAUCUUGCUAGAGCAUCACUUGAACGAUCAGCCCCUGCUAAUGACCUCAAACUCAAAUUGCAUCUUUACAAGGUCAGGCUUCUUCUUUUGACUAGGAAUCUCAAGGCAACCAAGCGUGAGGUGAAGCUGGCCAUGAACAUUGCACGUGGUAGGGAUUUGUCUACUGCAUUGCUCCUAAAAUCACAGCUUGAGUAUGCUCGAGGCAACCAUCGUAAGGCAAUCAAACUCUUGAUGACUUCAAGCAACAGAACAGAGUCCGGCAUGCCAAGCAUGUUCUAUAACAACCUGGGCUGCAUAUACCAUCAACUUAAAAAGCAUCAGACCUCGACUCUCUUUUUUUCCAAGGCAUUGGCGAGUUGCUCAUCAAUACGAUCUGAGAAGCCCCCUAAGUUGGCCACUCUCAUGCAGGACACAUCCUGCCUUAUCGUGUACAACUGUGGGUUACAGUAUCUGACCUGUGGAAAACCUACCGUAGCGGCUCAUUGUUUCCAUAAGGCUUUGAAAGUUUUCUAUAAUCGGUCUCUUCUUUGGCUCCGCCUUUCUGAAUGCUGCAUCAUGGCUGCUGAGAAGAGUGGGGAAGAGGUCAAGGUUCAUGUGGUUGGUGGGGGCAAAUGGCGACAGGUGAUUGUAGAAGACAUCCUCUCAAGAGGUAGGAAACAGGACAUUUUGAGUGUGAAUGGUGUCAAAGAUGAUGAUACUUGUAAGCUCUCCAUGCCCUUUGCUAGGCAAUGUUUGCUCAAUGCCUUGCAUCUAUUGGAUGGUCUCGAUUCAAAGUGUACGAAACGCACUGCUUCCAUGUCUGUUGCAGAGGAAGAUGAGUCCUCAUCCUCAUCUUCGAAGAACAUUUCAAAUCACAAGAACACAGCCAGCGGAGGAGACUUUAAAUCCUUGAACCAACUUUCUCAGACUGGUGCUAAUGGUGAUCCUAAAGAAUCCAAGGGAAUUGCGAGCUCCAAUGCUACCAUUCAAAGCUCAGUGCAUGCUUAUGAGGACCUAUGCAGAAAUGAGAAUUUUUUGAUUAGGCAAGCUGUUCUGGCUGACCUUGCAUUCGUGGAGCUAGCCCUAGAGAACCCAUUGAAAGCUCUAGGGUUCUCAAAGGCACUUUUGCAACUCGAUAUCUGCUCUAAUAUCUAUGUAUAUCUUGGCCAUGUAUACGCAGCAGAGGCGCUUUGUCGCCUUAAUCGGCUUGAAGAGGCCUCUGAACAUUUGCGGGUUUAUGUGACCGGCGAGAGCAACAUGGAGUUGCCUUUUAGUGAUGAAGACUGUAGGAAAUGGAGAAAUGAGAAGGUUGGUGUGGAUGGUGAUGAACCGAAUGGUUUUGCCAAUGCCAAAACCACUCCUCCAAAUGCUAAUGCUCCUGACAUAUCGCACCCAACGUCUGAAGAGGCUCGUUUGGCUCUUGCAGUUAACCUAGUGGCCAUGUCUGCGAUGUUGGGGGAUCUCGACAAGGCUAGCCACCAUGCAAACGAGGCUCUUUUGAUGGCACCAUCAGACCCAUCUGCUGUUUUAGCCUCGGUUUAUGUGGAGCUUCUUCAUGGGAAGUCACAAGAUGCUCUCAACAAGUUGAAACAGAUUAGGCCUGUAAGAUUCUUGCCUGUCAAUGUAAUGUCUUCUAACAACCCGUAAUGUUGUAUUAGUUUCUGGUUUAAGUCUCCGCAAUUGAGUGUUAGAUAGAACAUGAGCGUUCGAUGUUUGUACCAUAUCGCUUUAGAAUAAGGUUUAUAUUUAGUUUUUCUUUCUUUCUUUCUUUUUGGUGGCAUGGCACUUUGUUUUUGUCCCCCCACCUUCAGAGUCAGAUGUAUUCCAGAUAGAGAUCCUCAAUUUGGUCACUUGGUUAAUUCAAAAAGAUUCAGUGGAGAGAUGAGAUUCUCCUGGUAAGACUUGGGGAGUUGCAUUCAUUUUCUAAAGAAGCAAUGGCAGAUUUGCCUUCUUUCCGUGUUUCCCUUUGUGUAGCUAUACCAGCAUUUCUUUUUGUGACACAAGUGCACACGCUGAGUGGUUGUGAUUGAACUCCGCCUAAAUUAUUCAAUCAGGUGAUUCUUGA